AUGCGCAGUCUUCCACUUGCCAUCUUCUCGUCCCUCCUGGCCAGUGCACGGCUCGCGGUCGCCGACGACAUGAUAACCAAUCUUCGCAUCAAAGUGCAGCUGUUUGCAGCGCCAGCCUUCUUCUCCGAGGUAUCCGUGGACGCGUACAACAACCAGUGCUUGUCGCUCGAUAACAACUUAAUCGAUGGACGGGUACAAUCAAUCCUUGUGGGUGGACAUGAUGUCGCUGCGGUGCUCAGCAGGGACGACUACUGGUAUUGCCAGUUCUUCGACAACUACGACUGCAAGAGCGACAGAUCAGAUCAGUAUCUGACGUUUGCUGACGGAGUCAACAACCUGGCGAGCAUAGGUUGGGGAAUAAGCAUACACAGCUUGCGAUGCUGCAACCAGAAUCCCAGCAGCUCGUGA